ACAGGGUUUCCCCAUGUUGGCCAGGCUGAUCUCAACUCCUGGCCCCAAGUGAUCCGUCUGCCUAGGCCUCCCAAAGUGCUGGAAUUACAGGCGUGCCACUGUACCCGGCCAUGUUCAGCCUUUCUAGGUCAUGCCAGUUUUUCAGAAUGGUUGUGCUUAGUUACAUUCUCACCACCUAAGUAUGAAAGUAGAAGGCACAUCACAAUGUGAUUUCCUCAGCUCUCACGAUCUUGCAAGACAUGGCCCAUGGACAUGGACAUGAGCAUGGACAUCAUAAAAUGGAACUUCCAGAUUAUAGACAAUGGAAGAUAGAAGGGACACCAUUAGAAACUAUCCAGAAGAAGCUGGCUGCAAAAGGGCUAAGGGAUCCAUGGGGCCGCAAUGAAGCUUGGAGAUACAUGGGUGGCUUUGCAAAGAGUGUUUCCUUUUUUGAUGUACUGUUUAAAGGAUUCAAAUGGGGAUUUGCUGCAUUUGUGGUAGCUGUAGGAGCUGAAUAUUACCUGGAGUCCCUGAAUAAAGAAAAGAAGCAUCACUGAAGAUAAUACCUGGAAGUAUCAUAGUGGUUUCUUAACUCUCCAAAAUAAGAUUUCUUCACUGUAGCCUACUCGUCUGGUUUGUCCCUUACAGAAUAUUAGUAAGAUUUAAUAAAGUAAAAUAAAAUAAAUAUAUAUAUGCUGA